CCAGCAGCCGCCGCCACCACAGCCCGCCAAGCCUCAGCAGGUCAUCCAGCAUCACCCUUCACCCCGGCACCACAAGUCGGACCCCUAUUCAACUGGUCACCUCCGCGAAGCCCCCUCCCCGCUUAUGAUACAUUCCCCCCAGAUGCCACCGUUCCAGAGCCUAACCCACCAGUCACCACCCCAGCAAAACGUUCAGCCUAAGAAGCAGGAGCUGCGUGCGGCCUCUGUGGUCCAGCCCCAGCCCCUGGUGGUGGUGAAGGAGGAGAAGAUCCACUCACCCAUCAUUCGCAGCGAGCCUUUCAGCCCCUCACUGCGGCCAGAACCCCCUAAACACCCAGAGAGCAUCAAGGCACCCGUUCACCUGCCCCAACGGCCUGAGAUGAAGCCUGUGGACGUCGGGAGGCCUGUGAUCCGGCCCCCUGAGCAGAACGCACCCCCACCAGGGGCCCCCGACAAGGACAAACAGAAACAAGAGCCGAAGACGCCAGUUGCACCCAAAAAGGACUUGAAAAUCAAGAACAUGGGCUCUUGGGCUAGCUUGGUGCAGAAGCAUCCCACCACCCCGUCCUCCACAGCCAAGUCCUCGAGCGACAGCUUCGAGCAGUUCCGCCGCGCAGCCAGGGAGAAGGAGGAGCGCGAGAAGGCCCUGAAGGCGCAGGCCGAGCACGCCGAGAAGGAGAAGGAGCGGCUUCGGCAGGAGCGCAUGAGGAGCCGAGAGGAUGAGGACGCGCUGGAGCAGGCCCGGCGGGCCCACGAGGAGGCGCGGCGGCGCCAGGAGCAGCAGCAGCAGCAGCGGCAGGAGCAGCAGCAGCAGCAGCAGCAGCAGGCCGCCGCCGUGGCUGCUGCCGCCGCCCCCCAGGCCCAGAGCUCCCAGCCCCAGUCCAUGCUGGACCAGCAGAGGGAGUUGGCCCGAAAGCGGGAGCAGGAGCGGAGGCGCCGGGAGGCGAUGGCAGCUACCAUUGACAUGAAUUUCCAGAGUGAUCUAUUGUCAAUAUUUGAAGAAAAUCUUUUCUGAGAGCACCUAGGUGACUUCUUUGAUUUUCUGGCGAAACGUUGACUCUCCAUAGUGUUAGGGGCGGCAGUGGAGGCGGUAGCAGCGGCAAGGGGGUGGCUCCGGGCCUGGCCCUCCUGCAUGCUGUGCCCGGGGCAGGCCUGACGGGCAGCUGAGGAUCGCAGAGCCUGUCUGCCUUACAGCCAGCCGGACGUCCCGCCACCCACCACCCCCUCACAGGACGUCGGCUCAGAGCACGCCUCUCCACGAGCAAGUGCCGGCCAGAUCCAAGCCGCGCGUCCCCGCGUGCGGGGCAGAGGUCCUGCUCUCCGCCAAAUGUCUACACAGUAUACACAGGACAUUGUUGCUGCCGCCACCGUGACUGGUUUUCUGUCCCCGAGAACGUGACGUUCGUGACGUCCUGCCCACCAGGAGUCCUUCCCCCACACCCCAGCCACUACCGCCCGCUCCCAGGAGGCCAGGGCAGGCCCGAGCGAGCUGGAGGCGGGCGAGGGCGCCGGCCCACCCCCUUGCUGGCACUGACUUUGCCUUGAACAGACCCCACCCCUCCCCUCCCCCCACAAGCCUUUAAUCGAGAGCCGCUCUCUGUAAGUGUUCGCUUGUGCAAAAGGGAAUAGUGCCGUGGAGGUGUGUGUGUGUCCAUGGCAAUUUGGAGCAAGGUGACUGUCACACGCGCGUGUGUGGGCCGGCCUCGCCCAGUGAGUGAGGCCACCAACCAAAGUCAGUUCCUUCCCACCUGUGUUUCUGGGUUGUUUUUUUUUUUUUUUUUCUAUAUAUAUAUUUUUUGUUGGAUUCUAUUUUAUUUUUAAUUCUCUCUUCUCCUCCAGACACAAUGGCACUGCUUAUCUCCGAAAUGGUGUGAUCGUCUCCUCAUUGAGCGGCGGCUGCCACCGCGCUGUGGGUAGUGUGUGACCGUGGCUGUACUGUGUAGUGAACAUAGUUGGCAUAUCUUUGUUUGAAGUUUGUUGGUGACUCCACCAAACUGGUGUAAAAAAACUCAAAAAAAAAAAAAAACCCACAAAAAACAAAACACACAAAACACAAAAAAAACUGCCUAUAUUUUACUCAGUUUCAAACUUUAUUAGUCAGUUUUUAAUUAUAAAGCCAUGUUUUCUUUUCCCUCCCCACCCCCGUUUGUUUUUAAUGUCAGAUCUGUGUGUUUUUUUUUUUUUUUAACCAGGAAAGGAAGGGCCAGGGGAUGAGGCAGGCACCGGGGGCUGGGGGGCCACAGACCCCUGAGGGAGAGGCUCCCCACCCAGCCUGACCAGCCGGCUGCCCCUUCCCCCACCCCCCCCUUUUUUUUAAUUUUAUAAUUGGAGCCCUUGGUGAGGUUACGUGUGCCAUGAGAUCCCACUCUACACCACGACGCUGGUGCCUCAGUGUUGGCCAAACUCUGGAGUCACUGACUGGUUUGACUUUCAUACGGUGAAUAUGCAUUUGGUCUGUACUGAUCAUGGAAUAAACACAUCUCUCUUUUUUAA